AUGAGGCCUCCACAAGCUCUUGCUGUUCUUCUACUAGCGCUUUUCUGGCCAGCAUGCCGGUGCAGGAACGAAGAGGAGCGCCUGAUCAACCACCUGCUGAAGGAGCGCGGCUACAACAAGGAGCUGCGUCCUGUGGAGAGACAGGAGGACGCAGUUGACGUCUACCUGGCGCUCACGCUUUCAAAUCUCAUCUCCUUGAAAGAAGUGGACGAGACUCUGCUCACUAACGUCUGGAUCGAACACACGUGGACGGACUACCGGCUGAUGUGGAACGCCAGUGAGUUCGACGGCAUCGAGAUACUUCGCCUGCCGUCCAGCAUGGUGUGGCUUCCUGAGAUCGUGCUAGAGAACAACAACGACGCCCAGUUCCAGGUGGCGUACUACAGCAACGUGCUGGUGACACCCGAUGGGCUUUGCUACUGGUUGCCCCCCGCCAUCUUCCGAUCGUCCUGUUCCAUCAACGUCAACUAUUUCCCCUUCGAUUGGCAGAACUGCACCCUCAAGUUCACCUCCCUCACGUACAACGCCAAAGAGAUCAGGAUGCUCCUGAAGGAGGAGGAAAACGCAAAGGUGGAGUGGAUCAUCAUCGAUCCGGCCAGCUGGACCGAGAACGGCGAGUGGGAGGUGAUCCACCGUCCGGCCAAGAGGAACGCCUAUAAGCACAUUCCCAUGGAGAGCAACAAGCACCAGGACAUCACUUUCUACCUCAUCAUCAAGCGCAAGCCGCUCUUCUACAUCGUCAACAUCAUCAUUCCCUGCGUACUCAUCUCCUUCCUGGCGUCGCUCGUCUACUAUCUCCCGGCAGACAGUGGCGAGAAGAUGACGUUGUCCAUCUCUGUGCUGCUGGCUCAGUCCGUCUUCCUGCUGCUGAUCUCUCAAAGGCUUCCGGAGACUUCCAUUUCUGUCCCGCUCAUUGUCAAGUACCUGAUGUUCAUCAUGGUGCUGGUCACCGUGGUGGUCUUGAAUUGCGUGGUGGUCCUGAACCUGCACUUUCGAAGUCCCAGCACGCACGUCAUGUCCGAGUGGACCAAGAGGUUUUUCCUAGAGCGACUCCCCCGCCUGCUGCUGAUGUCGCGUCCCGCCGAAACGGAGCCGUACUGGGACGGCGCCUUGCAGCGGCGCUCCAGCUCGGCGGGCUACAUCGCCUCGGCCGAGGAGUACUACAGCGUCAAGUCUCGCAGCGACCUCAUGUUCGAGAAGCAGUCGGGCCGCCACGGGCUGGCGGCCCGGCCCGCCCACGCCGCAGUGAAAAAGUUGCAGGAGGACGGCGGCGGCGUGACCGAGCAGCUGUACGGCGAAAUCAAGCCGGCGGUGGACGGGGCCAAUUACAUCAUCAAACACAUGCGCAACAAGAACGACUACAAUGAGGAGAAGGACAACUGGAGCGGCAUCGCUCGCACGGUGGACCGGCUGUGCCUGUUUUUGAUCACGCCGGUGAUGACGCUGGGCACCAUCAUCAUUUUCCUCAUGGGCAUCUACAACCACCCGCCGCCGCUGCCCUUCGCCGGAGACCCUUACGACUACAGGGAGGACAACCCGCGCCCGCUGUAA